GUGUAACUUACAUAAUGCUAUGCGUGGCAGAAAGCGUCUUACAAGCUUUGCCUUCGAGACGCUUACAAUAAUUGGUACUCGAGAUUCAGUGCGCGACAGCAACCGCUUGCAUACCUCACGCUGUGCUGGUAUAUUUUACCAUCAAUUCCACUACUUACUACGUUUACCUGCAAACAAUUAGGUAGAUACUGGAAGGGCACGGCAAUUGGAGAGCAAUGGCCCUGACACGGCUUUAUCUGUUAGCUUCCCUUCUAGCUACCGCAAUCAGUUUUAGAGCCGCCCAUGCUACGAUACCGGAGGGCUCGGCGCAGGAGCUUGCCGAUGACGACUUCGUCGUUGCAAUCUCAACUGCCAGCAGCCGCCUGGUGCUCGCUCAAGGCACGAGGGCAUAUCGAGCAGGCAUACGCACCUUCAUCAUGAACAGCAACGAAACAGAAAUACCCUUUCUCAACAAAGUCUACGCCAAGUACCGUGAAACGUACGAAUACUUUCCGGAUGAGGAGGAUCCCGACCCCAAGCGCUGGCAUGCUAAGAACCCCGGCGACUUCCGCGCAGCCAUGGCCCCCUUCGCUGCGCACCGCCACUUUGGCAACACCUACAAAUGGAUGCUGUACGGUGAUGACGACACGCUCUUCUUCAUGCGGGGUGUACAACAGCUGCUUUCAAAUUUUGAUCCGGAACUUCCCCUCGCGCUUUCCGACAACCUCUGGUACGAGACCGGCCACCCGCGGCUAGAAUCCUUCCGCUGCCUUCCCUGCGGCUUCAACACCAGCAACAUGCCCGCCGCGCAAACCGACACCGGUUACACACCGCGUGCAGCAUGCCCGUACUGCACGCGCAAGGACGCCUGCCCGCCUUCCAAGCCCUCCUGCGCCAUCACAGGCGCCCAUGGAGGCGCAGGCAUGAUCUUCUCAGUGGGUCUUAUGCGGCAACUAGAUCUGUCGUACGAUGCCGCCCUGGCCUGCAUGAACGACCUCAGGCACUGCAGCGGCGGCGAUUGCCUGGUCUCGCAGUGCCUCUGGCGGGCCGGGUACGGCUUCACAGAUCCCGGCUUCUCGCUGCAGUACACACAGCCGUACGAUCACGUACUCUUUGACAACAUGGAAGCCCGAUGGUUCUUAAAAAGCCCUAUCGAGAGUAUCACAAUGGGUAACUGCGGUCCGUUGUGUCGUAACGUCAUCCAGCAUGCGGUGAGCUACCAUGUGAGGGGAAAGUCCUUUCCUUCCUUUGCAAAGGCGGCGGCAUUCAUGUACGGCCUGACGGAGUCGUACGGCGCUGCCAUUGAGUUCCUGGCGCUGCAGGCGGACCGGGGAAGUCGAGGAGUCGCGGCGGCAGUGGGCGGUGAAGAGGAGGGCGGGGAGGGAGGUGCGGGCGGUGGAACCAAUGGGGAUGGCUUGUGGGAGGCUGAGGAGGAGGAGGGGAAGGGAACAGACCUGUAAAGGGGGUUUGCUGUUGCAGGUAGUAGAUGUAAAGGAGGAGGGUGAGGAGGAACUGGUUGGUUAGCGCAGGGCUAACGUUUGGCGGUGUGGAAUGUCUCGGCUUUCAUGUAAAUUAAGUUAUGGCAACGCUGUCGAGGGCGGAUUUCAGAAACUGCAGCAUCUGCAAAAUGGAGCGGCGCAUUCCCGCUUCUAGCAUUCACAUGAACCCCGCUAUGCAUUAUAUGUAGUGAGCGCAUGUGUGCAUACAGUAACUACUAGUAGAUGUGCGUGUGUGUGUCAUGGCGAGAACAAUCGCCCCUUGCCAGACAUGUGCCCUGCGUGUGGACGGCGACGGGGUAGCGAUCUGGCGUGGGGGUCAUUGGUAUUAAGUUCGGGUUAAGAAAUUGAGUGAAUGCACAACCGUGUCAUGUGCAUUAUUGGGUCGCUGCAGCCUCUGCAUCAAGCUACCGUGUGUGCCGUAAGCUGCGUCUGCUUGCCACCGACCCAUGGGUCGACAUGACUUUUGCUAUCUCCCUGGCUAUACCGCAUGUGGCAGGAGUAGCAGAGAGGAGGCUGCAGGCCGGGCUACAGCUAGCGUGGCAUGUCUAGUGCCUAACCCCUAGUUGGGGCCCUUGUCCGGCCCGGCAUGAUGGCUCUGGACAGCUCUGUGGGUCAUAUCCGCGAAUGCGUGUGGCAUGGGGUGGGGCCCACCCCUGUUGACAACAAGAGGUGGCACAGGUUUGGCUAACCUCAUGGUUGGGUUGUAGAGACGGUAGUAGUACUCGAGACGGUAGGAUAGAUCAAAAGGGGAUAGACCAAGGUGCAAGAGGCUGCAGGCGCGUAUGUGGAGUAGGCCAUUACCCAUGACGACAUGAGAGAGGCCAGGUAGGAGUACCGCUGUCCUAGGUGACGGUGGCGGGGAGGAACAGGGCGUUGGCAGCACCUGGAAUCCUGGAUGGCUGCUGCUGGCGGUGCUAACACUCGUGAGCUCGCGUGUGGAGGGGGGCUCCGGCGGUGCUGACUGCUGCUGCAGGACAAGCGGCGUGUGAAGGAAACGGCGUCAAGCCCUGGGUAUGUUCGCAACGACUGCAAUGGCGCAUUGAGGGAAAAGCAUUAAGGAAUAGUGCGGGUGUAGUGGAUAUCUCCAGCGACCUGGCCCGGUUUCAAGAAGCACUAGACGGGGUCGGUGGCGCUAUGUGCCUGUGUGCGGCAUGCGUGUUAGAUGGCAAGGACUACGGUGGCGUCUUCCGAAUGUAUGGCGAAUAGUGUGGGGGCAUGGGAGGGCCGGAAUACGCAGGAUGGGUACUGGCACCCUUUUGGGGCUCGCAUUCGUUGCCACCGGUGGUAACAUAGCGUCUGGGAUGCCGAUAACACUGCCAUGCCAGGUGGUUGGUCCAGGAUUGCUUAAGCGGGA